AUGGCUGAGAAACGCACUUCUCGUUGGUAUUUUGGUGGUAUCUCCUCAAGUGCAGCCACCUGUUUAACACACCCCUUGGAUUUAAUUAAGGUGCACUUACAGACGCAGCAGGAGGUGAGGGUAAGGAUGAUUGGGAUGACUGUGAACGUGGUGAGGAGAGAAGGUGUUCUGGGUCUUUACAGCGGCCUCAGUGCGUCUCUGUGUCGGCAGAUGACUUAUUCUUUGACACGGUUUGCCAUUUAUGAGACUGUCAGAGACAAGAUGCACAGAGAGAACAAAGGUCUCAUGCCUUUCUACCAGAAAGUCCUGCUGGGAGCCUUUGGAGGCCUUGCAGGUGGUUUUGUUGGGACUCCAGCUGACCUGGUAAAUGUACGAAUGCAGAAUGAUGUCAAGUUGCCAGUAGAGCUCAGGAGAAAUUAUGUUCAUGCACUAGACGGACUACUGCGUGUUUGGAGAGAAGAGGGGCUGAGGAACCUGUUCUCUGGUGCUACACUGGCCUCUUCUCGGGGUGCACUAGUGUCUGUUGGGCAGCUGUCUUGUUACGACCAGUCCAAGCAGUUGGUUUUGGCUACUGGUUACCUGACUGACAACAUCCUCACACACUUCCUGGCCAGUGUGUUUGCAGGUGGAUGUGCUACGAUCCUGUGCCAACCACUUGACGUUGUUAAGACCAGACUGAUGAGCUCCGAACAGGAAUACAGGGGUGUGUUUCACUGCCUUGCAGAGACAGCAAAGCUAGGUCCAAAGGCAUUUUACAAGGGUCUUGUUCCUGCAGCAAUCCGUCUCAUCCCUCACACAGUCUUCACCUACUUAUUCCUCGAGCAACUGAGGCAGCGUUUUGGUGUUGUGGUUGUCGCCUGAGAGAGUUGUGAGAAUACCUGAAGGGUCCCAUGGAUGAUUUUACAGUGACAUUUAUUUUUCAUGACUGCUUCGCCAUUAAAACUUCUUUCAAAUACCGCUAGAUACAAGGGGAACCAAUAGCAGUUCUCAUAUAAAUAUACAGACACAGAACAUUAUCUAUAGUAGUAACAAAAGUUUAAAUGACUGACAUCAACACAAAUCAGAGAUGUGACACUGUCCUCCACAGCAAUCACAGAAAAUGGGUCUUGUCAGGUUGUUUUAACUGACAAUGCACGAACACUUCACUAUUUUGGUCCUGUUAU